AUUGUAUGAUUCUAAUGAAUAAUUAAAAAAUAAUAAACAUGAAUUAAUAACUAUAUGUUUAAUAUUAUAUAUAUUGUUUUCUUGAAGAAACAAGGUCUGUAUUAAUUUAUCACUGUAGAUUAUAAGGUUAAGUAAUUCAAAUAAAUCGUGAAGCACACUAUAUUAAAUUUGGUAGCAAAUGUCAAUUUAUCAUGAUAAAUAUUUUAUUGAAAUGUGUAAAUCUUUUAAAAGUUCACUUAAAAGUUGUGAUAUUAAUUGAAAACAAAAAAAUGAUACAUUUUGUAUCUCAACAAUGUUAUAAAUCAUGUAACAUAUUAAAAAGGAAUGUAAUAGUAAAUAGUGUCAAAUCAUAUCAACAAGAAUUGAUAAAUAAAAAAUUUGAUAACAUGUGUAGUAGUAUGGAAAUUCAUAAAUGUAUAUGGAGGACAGAAAUGGCAAAUGUUAUUGAUAAUUAUAAGAUGCUUUCUUUACUUUACUGGUGUAAUAAUGUAACUGACUGUUUAUCAGCAGAUAAAGUAAACUUUGGAAAAUCAUUAUGGAUACUUUUACAUGUGUGCAAUUUCGAGAUAUCUAUAGCCCAUUAUAAUGCACUUUUAAGUUUAUACGUAAAAAAUGAAUAUAAUUUUUCAAUUAUGGAAUUAUUAAUGGACAUGAAAUCUAAACAAAUUUAUCCAAAUAGUACUACAUAUGAUAUAUGUAUAAAAUAUUGCUGUAUGAAAGGAAAUAUUGACACAGCAUUAAUGCUUUUUAAAGAUAUGAAAACUGUACGUUUUGAUGCAACAGAAUCUACCUUUAAUUUAUUAAUGUUAGGAUAUUCUAAAUCUGGAGAUAUAGAAAAUGUAACUAAAAUUUUAGACCAUAUGGAAAAACACGAAUUGCAGUCAACUACUGAAACAUAUGCUGUUCUUAUAUCCACUUAUGCUGAAUUAAAUAAUAUUGUUAAAAUCAAAGAAAUAAUUCAGAUGUGUAAUUUAAAAAACAUACAUUUCUGUAAUAAUAAUAUUUUAAAUAUAAUUUAUAUAUUAGCAAAAAAUAAUAACAUCCAAGAUGUUCAAAGUAUGUAUAAAUAUUUAAAAAAAAAAAAUACCAUUUCAAAUGAGGAAAUAGAUGUUAUAUUAAAGUUAAUAAGUAUCAAUCACAUACAUAUAGCUAUGACAACACUUUCAUAUAUAGGUUUACAUGAUAAACAUCCACAAUUUGGAAAUGUCAUAAGAUUAAUUUUAGAACACAUAGUUGAUAAUAGCGUGAUGAUUAAUGACAUAAUAAAGUUACUUAUUACUUUUAAAAAUGAAAUAACAUUCAAAAAAUGUUUUUCAAUAUUAAUAUAUUAUUCGUUAAUGAAAAAUAAUGAACUGUCUCUUCCUUUACUGAAAAUAUUUAAAAAUUAUUGUUUGAUAAAACCACAUUACUUUUGGCCACUUUUAAUUAAUGAAGCAAUUAAAUAUAAUUUCCAAGGUAUUUUAGAUAUUCUUAAGAUCAUGAUCAAUGAUUUUAAUGUAUUACCUUGUAUUGAUACAAUUAGUGAAUAUGUUUUACCAUUUAGUUUUGGAGAAAUGUCCCACACAAAAAAUUUAUUAAUGAAAUAUAAUGUAAAUGAAACAAUGUUCAAUAAUGCUCAUGUAUUAUUACUAUUGAGAAAAAGAAAGCUAACAGAAGCUGCUACAUACAUGCAAUAUUCCAAAGGUGAAUACUUUUAUAAAAUUAUUGCUCCUAAUCUCAGAUAUGUUUCGUUAUUUAAAAACGAUUCACAAAAGUUUGUAAAUAUGAGUAAGAUCCUAGUAGAUUCUACAAAUUCUUCGGUAGAUUCAGAUCUAACAUUAAUAUUGAAUAAUAAAUCGUAUAAAACAACAUUUGUAUCUAUGGACAAACAGUUAUAUGAUUUUAUGAUUGAGUUUCCAUCUCAGAAAACAUGGUUUAUAAAUGUAAGAAAUUUUUAGAUUAUAAAUUUUGUAUAAAUUAUUGUCAUAAUUUUUUUUUAAGUUUAAAAAAAGAAAUUUUUCUUAAUUAUCUGAUAUUUCUCGACGAAUUGAAACUAAAAGUACAAGUUCAAGAGAUCACUAAUUUAAAAGUUAUAUCUAUGUACAUAAAAAUAAGCAUUUUUAGUGUAUUUUUUAUUAUUUUGAUGUUACUUUUUAUGUUACCGAUACAAUCUUUCAAUAUUAUGUUUUAUAAUUUGUAUUUGAAUUAGAUUUAUUUAAACCGCCCUAUAAUCUUACAGUUUUAACUUUUGAAUUAAAAAAAUCCUUUUCAUGUCAAAAAGAUCUUGUACAGGCCAUUCAAAUUAUGCAUAGAAACCAACAUGAUGUUAUAAUAAUUUAUAAAGUAUAACUUUUGAACUAAUUUCCUAAACUUAAAACUUGUACUUCUGGUUUCAACUUAUCGGAAACUACCAGGCAAUAAAAAAAAAAUCAAUAAUUUUUAAUCUCUGAAAGUAAAGUUUAACUAUCAUUUUCAUAAGAUGUUAAAAAUAUACUUUUUAUAAUUAUAUAAUUACAUAAUAGAAAAUAGUAAAAAUUAAAGAUAAUAAUCUAAUAAUUAAAAUUUUAUUGUUAUUUUUCUAGGUAAUAAAUAAAUUAAUGAAGUGCAACAUUACCUUAGAGACUGAAACAGUAGAAGAAAUACGUAAAUUUUUACAUGAAGAAACAACAAAUGACACAAUGUAUGUUCUCAAAAGUUUAAAAAAAUAAAAUAUUGUAAAAGUACUUGAAAAUUUUAAUUAAUUUCAAAUUGUAUAAUUUCCUUCCAUGUCUAUCAUAAUAUGUGAUUUAUUUAUUAUGUAAUUAAAAUUAUAGAUAAAUUAAAUAAGAAGAAAUUGAAUUAAUAGUAAUUAAAGGGAAGAUAAACAUUUUGUGCAAAUUAAUUGUUUGUUAUAUUUUUGGUCUUUUGAGUAUUUACAGUUUUCCGAAUUUUUUGUUGAAUUAUAGGUAUAAAAAAUAAAAGCAAUCCACUGAUAGUUAUCAUACCACCGGCAGUGAAAAAUCCAGGAUCAUAAGAUUGUAAUACAUCAUAUAGCCAUCCUAGAAACAUGAAUUAAAAAUAUGAAUGAAUAGCUAGAAUAAAAAUAAAACUUAUUUAAUCCUUUGAGCUUGGGAAACCUUUUAUCAGCAAAAUUUUUUAUUAUUUUUUAAAUGUACAGAAUUUAUAAUUAG